UUUUCAGUAGAUUCAAAUAUGACCAAACCCAGUGAACACAGAGGGAAUCUCACUGUACUACUACAACAAUCUCUGCUGUGAACCUGGCCUGAGGCUGGAUUUAGGAAGGUUCAAGUUUCCAUCAGCCUCUCGUUACACUGUCAAGCCUUUUGGGGUAUGCAACAAUUUGAUGGAUGGAGUCAUUCUGCCUUUUUAUUGAAAUAAAUUGAAGAAAAAUUAUGCAGCCAGAGGGAUGAUUAAAAAAAUACAAAUGGAUAAUAACCGCAACCUGUUGUCUGUAUGCACUGUAUGAAUCUAAGAUUCUGCGCCCAUACAGCUUACAAAUUUUACACUAAGUAGACACAGAAAUGACAAACAGAAGUAGAGAGACAAUUCAAGAUGUAGGGACCAGAGAUUUGUGGUUUCCGUUCCUAGCUGAAUUUAGUAAAUGCAAAUAAAAAUCUUGUUUGCUUUUUUAUAUCUGUUCUCAGAGAUUUACAUUUCCAGCCACCUUGUGGCCCACUUCCUGGUGUCUCCUAUAUUUUUGUGCACACUCUUAUAUGCUCCUUAGACAGACAUUCUAAGGCCUUAUCGUGAGAUCUCUAUGGAAAGUGACAGAUCCAGGUUUAAACCAUUUCAAAAUAAGGAGAAGAGUGGAUUCAGGUGAGUUACUGCACAGAGGAAUGCUUUAGGUACUGGGCUACUAUGUAAAAGUUGCUGACUGCACCAUGACUACCACCACUACCAUUAUGUUAUUGAAUAAAAGUGUGAGGACUCACUGUUGGGUGUUUGGACAACCUCAGCUUUCCUAAUUAACUACACUCCUGGGCAGACCUGGACUUGGGGUCACUUAAUCUGUAGCUCUCAAAUGGCCUCAAGCAUCAUAUAGAUGGCCAUGCAUCAAGAUGAUACACAGCUUUUGAGCCUGUUUAAAAGAGCUCUGGAGAGAAGACAGAAUGCCUAUAAUAUUUCAGAUACCUCACUGAGUUAAAUGAGUGUAUGUGGAUUGUUUUCUUGCAUGAAAUGGAACAUUCCAGGUUCUAGUUCUGUGUUAUUUUGUAUCUUCCCUUACGUGCUCUGAAAAAUCAGUGAAUUACGACCUAGAACUUCAUUUUGACAUAGGUGAGAAAUAUCACAUAUAGAUUACUGUUGAUUAAGAGAAGACAUUGUGAGACUGCUCACUUUUACAUACACCAAUCACUGGCACAAUCAGGACUACCACCGAGCAAACUCAUUCUGAUCCAUGACUCACUGGAUACCACUCCACUGACAGUUUUAUGUCUACUUUAUAUAUAUAUACAAUUUUAUAUAGAGAGAAUUUAUUUCCUCUGUGAUUGUACAUUGUGCUUUUCCUUCAAAGAGGAAUUUUAUUCAAAGAUUACAACGUAUUCAGAAUCACAAAUGGUAUUUCUUUCAUGGUUAGAAAUGAAAUAUUUAUCAUCUCUUACUUUAUUUACAUUUUUUUCUUUUUCUGUAUUAGGUCUCAGAAGUUGUUGAAAAGUGUCCUGCAGUCUGAAAUGACAGAAAGCCUCAUAUAAAGGACACUCCUAUUUUACACCUAAGGAAUACUGCUUAAUAGGUACUCAUCUGAAGAAAUAUAUUGUAUGGUAUCGCUUUUGACAGACUACCAACCUUCUGAACACACAGAAAGUAUUUAAUUCUUGCCUAAUGAGAAGCACCUAAUGUCAUUGCACAUGGUACAAUGGAAACCCUAAGAGAAAGUUUUGGUAUCUGCGUUACCUGUAGGUAUCCUAUAGCAUCUGGUAUGGUGUUCGCCACUCUUCUAGUUUCUUGCUGCUCAUCUCCGAACAUAAGAGCGCGUCCACUUGUUUCUAAUUCACCUUUCCUUUCCAUCUGGAAUGCUCCUACAGAACUUUGUACUGAAAGGACUGGAGUGCAGCUGGACAUGGACUUUUUUUCUCUCGUUGGAAGCACCCUGAAGACAUCCACUGGGCAAAACAUCACUCUCUUCUACCCCGACAGGCUUGGCUAUUAUCCUUACAAAAAUGAAAUCACAGGAGAGGCGUUCAAUGGAGGUCUCCCCCAACUGUCGCUGCUGGAGAAUCAUUUGAAAAAAGCCAAAGAGGACAUUCAGUUCUAUAUUCCUUCAGAUGAACAUUUUGGAUUGGCUGUCAUUGACUGGGAAAACUGGAGACCUGUGUGGAUAAGGAACUGGGGAUCAAAAGACAUUUAUAGACAGGAAUCCAUUGAACUGGUUCAGCAGAGAGACCUCAGUCUAUCAGAAGCCGAAGCCAGGAAUAUAGCUAAAAUGGAAUUUGAAGCUGCAGCAAAAUCAAUUAUGUUGGAAUCUUUAAAACUGGGCAUAAAAUUGAAGCCAAAUCGUCUGUGGGGAUAUUACCUUUAUCCAGACUGUUAUAACUAUGAUUACAAACAAAACCCACAUAAUUAUACGGGAACCUGUUUAGAUAUUGAAAUAGAAAGAAAUAAUGAGCUUAAUUGGUUGUGGGAGGAAAGCACAGCACUUUAUCCAUCUGUCUAUCUAGAGACAGCCUUAAGAUCUUCCAGAAAUGCCCAACUCUUUGUUCGCAACAGAGUUCGAGAAGCCAUUAGAAUUUCGUAUGUCUCUAAUUCUACUCAUCCUCUUCCAGUUUUUGUAUAUACGCGUCCAGUAUUCACAGAUGUCUAUGAGGAAUAUCUCUCCCAGGAUGACCUGGUAAACACCAUUGGAGAAUCUGCUGCACUGGGUGCUUCUGGAAUUGUGAUCUGGGGUGAUAUGAAUUUAACACAAAAUAAGAACACCUGUAGGACUCUAGACAACUACCUGAGGAGGACUUUGACCCCGUACCUCAUCAAUGUCACGAUGGCAGCCAGAAUCUGUAGCCAAGUGUUAUGCCAAGACGCUGGUGCUUGUGCAAGGAAAAAAUGGAAUUCCAGUGACUAUCUUCACUUGAACCCCAAGAAUAUUGUCAUUCAAAUGACAAAGGAUGGAAAAUACACUCUGCAAGGGCAACCGGCAUUUCAGGAUCUGCAAAUGUUCAUAGAAAAAUUUGAUUGCCACUGUUAUGCAGGGCAAAGUUGUGAACCUAGAGCCGAUAUAAAUGACAUCCAUUACCUCCAUGCUUGCAUUUCAGAAGAUAUUUGCAUUCAUGUAUCCUCAAAUUCACUUUCUGAUACAGAAGCCUCUGAAGAAAAGAUCCUGUCUAACAGAACUGUAUUUCCAUUUACCUCUCAGAGUAAUGUGACAUUAUCUACACAUCUUGAAACAGAAGAUUUUCAAUCUACCUUUGGAAAUAAUAUACUCAAUAUAACAUCUGCAGAAUAUAACACUGUCACAGCUGUCACUGGAUAUUAUUUAGAAGCAAAUGGCACUCGUACUUUCAGUAGUUCUUCAUCCUAUAAGAUAAGGAUGUUUAAUCUGUUUUGUUUAAUUCUAAUUUUGAGAACCUUAAUAUAA